GUUUAAUUUAUUUUUUAUUUUGGUAAAAAUAUUGGCUCCUAAAACCUAAAACCCUUUUUAUUCUCAUACAUUCAAAUCCCAAAAUCCCUCUUAAAUUUCCCGUUUGAUUUUCUCCCACCUCAAUUUUCCUUCCCAAUCUGCCUGCGUUUGAGUUUUUCUAGCUCACUUCUGUUCCUGGAUCUCUGUUUUUAUGGAACGUUCCGACGAGGAGCAUCGAAUCGCUCCUAUUGGGGCACUGAACAAUCGAUUAUUUAUGCAGGAGAAAGAUCUCUUAGGCAAGAUAACCUGAAAGAGCCGCAACUCUCACCUAAAGGUGGAAGAAUUGCUUCAACAAAUCCUUCUCCAAAUGCAGUAAUUAUUGGACCUUCAAGGGAUGCCAUAGAAAAGACUAUGGAUGCAGGAACAAGUAUUAGCAGUGUUCACCCGUUGAACGUAUAUGCUUCACAUGAACCAAAUGUACAAUAUGGUGGGUAUGGUGGAAGCAGUGCUGGUUCUUGGGAUGCUUAUUCACAAUAUGUAAAUGCUGACAGUUUUCCUGUUGUAUCACCAGUUAUGUACAAUGACAAUCCAUCUAUAGUCUUCCAUUCUGGUUAUGGCUUUAAUCCAGAUAUGGCAUAUGGACAAUAUUCACCGGUUGCUACCCCUAUGCCUUCUGUUAUGUUAGAUGGACAAGGAUAUCCUCCUCAACAAGUCCCAUUCUCCCCAUCAUACUACACACAACAAGCUACACCAUGUUUACCUCAUGGAUCUUCUGCAGUUCCCGUUUCACCAACAGAGAUGAUAUCACCUGAGAGUAGUACAUUUGACAACAUGCUUUAUGGGCCAGGAACAGGUUUUUUGCUAAAUUUUGGGUCCUUUGGUGGUGGAAAUCUGGGUUCAGGUUCUUUAUCAUCUCCGGCAGCUUAUCCACAACCAAUGGGAAUGCUUGGCUCAAAUGAUCAGAAUGUCGGGCAGGUUUCCUUACAACAGAGACAUAUGCAUGGAUUUGGAUUGGUUUCAAGUGCCUUUGAUGCUCGGUAUCCAUUAAGCAAUUCUUAUCAGGGUUCUAACUUUGGCGGUGCAUCAAUUUCUUAUCCAGUUGUAAGUGACCGAAGCCGACUUGUCCUUGGAAAGGACAGAGGAAGAGACAGGGACCGGGACUCAAUUUCAGUUUUUAAUAAUCCGUAUGGUAUCUUUAGUGACUGUAAUCGGGGGCCAAGAGCUUUGAAGGUCAAGGGAAAAGGGGAACUAAGUGCUGCAUCUGGUGCAAGCAAAAACGAUUUAUCAACUUCAUUAAUUAGUCCUGAUUCCUACAAUCGGCCAAAUUUUGCUACAGAUUAUGAGACUGCCAAGUUUUUCGUUAUUAAGUCAUUUAGUGAAGAUAAUGUUCACAGAAGUAUCAAGUACAAAGUUUGGGCUAGUACUCCACAUGGUAACAAGAAAUUGGAUGCUGCUUACCGUGAGGCAAAAGAGAUGCAAGGAAAUUGUCCAGUUUUUCUCUUUUUCUCUGUUAAUGCCAGUGGUCAAUUUUGUGGUGUAGCUGAAAUGGUUGGACCUGUUGACUUUGAGGAAAAUGUAGAUUACUGGCAGCAAGAUAGGUGGAGUGGACAAUUUCCUGUUAAGUGGCAUAUCAUCAAAGAUGUUCCUAAUAUUAGAUUUCGGCACGUUUUACUUGAAAAUAAUGACAACAAACCUGUUACACACAGCAGGGAUUCUCAGGAGGUGCCACUGAAACAAGGUAUUGAGAUGUUGAAAAUUUUCAAGGACCAUGAUCCUCGAACAUCUAUUAUAGAUGAUUUUGACUUCUAUGAUGAGCGGGAGAGGAUUUUGAAAGAAAGGAAAACAAGACAACAGCUAUUUGCAACUGCAAAUUCUCUAAAUCCACUUGGUGAUAGUUCCAUUAACCCAAUUUCUGAUCAGUUUGCUCAAGCCUUACGACUCGAUGAUAAUAAGAAAGAAAAACCAGAAAUGGAAAAGGGUGCAACAUCUAGAACAGAUGCCUCAGUUUCGCUUGAUGAUGCGGUAAAAUAAAGUUCUGAGACUUAUUUCAGUCAUGCAGCUGAGAGACAGACUAAGUAUUAAGGGAGUCCAAGCAUUUGAAGGUGGAUACGGCUAGCAGAAUUGAGUAUUUUUCCGUAUGAUUGGACUCCUUUGAUUCCUUGAGCCUUAGAUGAACGAGUUUGAUAGGUAUUUGGCAUCUUGAGACACCCUUUGCGACUGAUUUUCUGUUCUCCAAUAGCUGAUAACAUCUGAGGCAGUAUUUUGGAAAUAUAUAGCAGUGAAGAUGAUAUCUGACGCUUUUUUACCAUUUUUUUCAUGUUCAAUUGCCCACAAAGCUGCUGGAGGAAAAUUGUUGCGCUUGGCAAGAAGCUUUCCUGAUUAAAUAUUGCUUAAUUUGCACUGAAUUUUCCCUUUCCCUUUCCCUUGGAGGGUUUUGAUGGCAUUUCUCGAAUGGGAGGAUUUUGCUGAUGGGGGUGGGUUAGUUUGGUGGUAUUUUACGUUGCAAGUGUGCAAUAUAGAUUAUGUUUGCAUUUCUCAUCGAUAGUCCAAGUGCUGGGUAUCUAUAGAGUUAGCCAUUUGGUGAAGCAGGUUAAUAAAGGAGUUUUAUAAAUUUCUUUGUUUUAGGGAGUUGACUUGUUUUAUUUGAUAUUUUCUUAUGGGGGUGCUAUCCUAGGGCAACUGCUGUGAAUUUUACGACAGAUCGACAGGAUUAUUUAGCGUGAGGGCGGGGGCUACUUCAUGUUCUUAUCCUUCUGUUUUUUUCGCCUUUGAAUGUCUGCUAUACUAUUCUAUAUGUCUCUAAUGUCUAGACCACAAGGAACUUCUGAAGGAGCUUGAGGAGAUAGAUUUGAUGAGAUGACUCUGAAAUUAUAUUUUGCUGUUUAAGUCGGUUUCUUUGUGCAUACCUUCCUAUUAUUCUGCUUUUGAACAGAUACUUUGAAGUGAGUCGAAUUCUCCAGCAAGACCAUAGCAUGUCGUUGCUUCGAGACGGGAUGUCUGAUCUACAGGAACACUCCCUGAAGCCUUCAGGCCAGGUUUUCACUAUCGUAACUAAUUGUUGAUCUGCUUUUCUUUUCUUCUUUUUGCCUUAGAACACUGCAUUUGAAAUUUUCAGGUUUUUCUACCCAUAUAUAUAUGUCAUCGUGCAGACGUUUGAAAAUGACGUUUAAAAGGUCUGCUUUUGAAGUAUUUUCGAAUGGUUGUACAACUAUCACUUCUGUUUCUCUUGUGUUUCUCUCAUUGCUCUUGAUGAACUUGAUGAGAUUCCUUAGAACUUUGAA